UGAGCAUAGGAACUGCUUUCUUUGCCGUGUGACUGAAGUGACCCUCCACUUGAACCCGUGUUGAACAAGACGCCUCUGCACUGACUCCAGUCAAAGAUGUUGAAGAUCUUCUUCUUGGUGUCCUUGGUGCUGCUGGCUGCUUCCCACAUCCAGUCUGUAAAGAGUUCCUCAUCGGGUGGUUCUGAUGCUGGUGUCCAGAAGCCCUGUGCCCGCCUCUUCCACCCAGAGAUUGGGGAGCAGCUGGAGCUGCCGUCCCUCCCAGAGAAGAAGAAGAAGCUGCUGGGGGGAGCUGCUGCUGGGAGUGAAGGAGCCUUCAGCUUCAGCUCCUUCACUAUGAUGGACGGGUGUCUGCUCUCUCUGUGGGUUGCAGGUUCCCAAGAAUGGGGCCUGGAGUCUCGCUCCUUCCCGAGUGGGGCUUACCUCAACCAGCUGCCUGGUGCUGGGGUCUCCCUGACCAGCUACCAGUGCACCUGCGACCAGGAGAAAAACCAAGUCACGGCCGAUUACGAAGAUUUUAAAAACAGGCACAUUGCAGGUGAAAAUGAACAGGGUAGUGAUGAAUUCUGCACACGGGAAAUACGUAGUAGACAUAUAUAUGAAUAUGGAAGAUGCAAAGAUAAAAACACUUUCAUAUUUGCUAAAGCGAAAGAUGUGAAACAUGUGUGUGACCAUGAAGGUGUCAAUGUGUCCAAUAAAUUAUUCAAUAUUUCGGAAUGCAUCCAAAAUAAAUUAAAAUGUUCUUAUAGAGCAAAUAAUAAGUACCAAGUUCAUAUCUGUUUAGUUUGUAAGGAUAAGAAGCCUGUGCAUUAUAAAGGUCCUACAUGCUGACCUCCAGCCUUCGGGCUCACAGAGAGAGUUUAAACUCUGCUGUGAAGGAUUUGCAGUCUCUACUCUGCAAAAUGCUGCGAUAUACGCUUCAACAGCACCCUCUUCCCUCAUAAGGAGCUGUUCGUCCUAGAUUAGAAAUAGUUGUAUUAUCAUCUUGUACCAGAAUAGUGAUAUUGGUAUGAAUUUGUGGUAAUUGAUUAUCUUUGGUAAUUCCUUUCCUGUUGUUGUGAAUGGAAAUGCAAUAAGACCACAUUCCUUUCCACUG